AUGUAUACGUACUACAUCGCCGGUGUGCCAAAAUCACCGGACUUUGGUCAUGUUGUACUCGUCGCCGACAAUUUAAAACAAUCCCUUCCCUACUGGUCGCACGAAGUCUGGGCGAAAACCGAAGAGGAAUACCUAGCGUGGCAGCAACGGUUUUGCAGAGAACGAAAUUGGACUUGCAACAAGAAUCCGUUAGUGUGGAAACGCAUAAGCAACUCGAACGGUCCAUAUCAUUUGAUCGGCGGAAUAGACGAAUUUUUCGAAAUGCUCAAAGAAAACUAUAACAUCGAUACGCGGUUGGACCGAAAACUAAAAAUGAAAAUGGCAAAGGACAACGAGAAGAAAAUGAAGUUCAUAAUGGCCGCACGAGCGUCAACGGUGCAACGAGUAGCGCCGAGAGGAGUGUGUUUGACCGGCGCCGUUUACCCGUCGUCCUGUUACCUGGUAUCUGAGCUGCUGCAAUUGAAACAGUUGCACACCGACGGUGGCGUUUCGAUAUACUUACACAAUUGCGAUCCAAACAAGCGUGGUGACCUAAGAAAAAUCAAAAACGAAAUCGUUGACGCGGAAUUCAACGUCCGUGGUCGCAAAGCCGUGACGGUGGUCAACAACGUCGAGGAAUGUUUGUCGAAAUGCGAUUUACUCGUCGUGAUGGGUGACAGGAACGGGGAAGACGACGAAAAGUCGGAGAAGCAACGGAUGAACCGAAACUACAACGCGAUGAGAUCUUUGGCCUCCAUACUCAACCGCCACUGCCCGGAGUUCUGCAAGGUGAUACUGAUGAACAUGGACACGUUGUGUUUCAAUCUGAGCGUGUUGGCCGAAUACGCACACAACGUAUACCUGUACAACAUCGUCGGGGUGACCGGCCACUACGGUAUGAAAGCGCUGCCAAACAUUUCCGCGGCCACGGGCGUUCCGAUUUCGGAUCUACACUGUCCGCCGGUCUGGGGCUUCGUUGGCGCGAAGAAAUACGUCGACUGGUACCACACUGUGUACCACCGCGACCGUGGUAAGUCGCCGGCACGUGGGGAGGCGCCCGACAGCGGAGACCAUCAAACGUGUCACAAGUACUUGAUGUCGAAGGCCGGUUACGACAUGGACGAAGAGAUUAACGGAGGCGACGAACGUAGUCCGGUCGUCGGAUCGGAAUUCCUUUCGAAUUAUUCGCCCGAAGUACGUGCGGCCGUGGCAAUGAUAUCGGAAUGGUUUCAAAGCGAGAACAAGACAAUCAGCGCGGCGAUAUUUUCAGACGGAACGUUUGGCUUACCGUUCGGUAUGUUCGUCUCUCAACAAGUUUAUUUGGACAACGGUGAAUGGAAACCGGACACGGAUUUUUUACCACCCGAUCGAUACAUAUUGAAGGACAUAGUGUCCAAAGCCAUAGAGAUAAUUAUUGAAUAUGAUCUUGGGAAAAGAUUUCAUAAAUACUCAAAAUCACCUAGACUAUGGUGGAAAACUGCCAUCGACAAAUUUUCUUAA